AUGAGCGACACGGGGUCCGUAGAAGGCGUGGGCCAGGCGCCGGCGGCCCAGCAGGAGGAGGAGCGGCUGGUGGAGCGGCUGUGGCGCCUGCAGACAGCGGACCCGCCUGCGCCGCCGGCGGACAAGCAGGCCUGGUAUGCUGAUGCACUCCGGUUCCUCCAGGCCUGCACCGGCCACUGGUGGUGCCAGCAUGGCGACGUCACUGCGGGCCUGGCUGAGGUGCUGCGCUACCACGAGCAGCAGCCGCUGGUGCGCUCCAUCUGGCGCCAGCUGGCGUCCCAGCUGGCGGCCUGCGCCGACUGCGUCAACAUGCACCACGCCUGCCAGGAGGCCUACGGCGAGCAGUUCAGCGCGGGCACCGCGGCGCCGCUGCUGGCAGCCCUGCGCUCCCUUGACUGCGCCCGGCUGGCGGCGGCGCUGGCAGCUGCGGCGCAGCAGGCUUUGGGCGACGACCAGAGCGGCGGCGAGCAGGGGCAGCUGCCGGCGGAGAUGAUCACUUGCCUGUUUGAGGCCCUCACUUACGAUUCUCUGCUGGAGGAUGCUGAGGUGGCGGACGGGCUGGCGGCCGCGCUGUGCGCGCUGAGCUCGCGGUACGAGCUGGCGCUGGCGGAGCCCGGGUCCGAUGCGCGGUACCCUGGAGCGUACCGCCUGCUCGCCCACCCAGACCCGGCCGCCCGCCGCCUGGCCGCUGAGAUGGUUCGCUCCUGGGGCCCCUUUGGCGAUGCAGCGGCUGUGGAGGCAGUACUGCCCACCCUGCAGUGCUGGGUGCAGCUGCUGGCGGGGCAGCCGCCUGGCAGCUUCCCGGAAGCCGACGGCAGGCCGCGGUUUGCGCCGCCGGCGGUGGCACUCUGGCGCGCGCUGCACGGCCUGCUGCCGCUGCUGGGCAGGGAGGCGGCCGCCGCGGCGCUGCCGCAGCUGCCGCUGCUGGCUGACACAAUCCUGGCAGGGAUUGGCGGCGGCGGCGGCGCCGCCGCAGGCAUGCCGCAGCAGGAGGCGGAGCUGUGCCGCUGGUUUGCGGCGGGCUGCUGGUCGCACCUGCUGGCGGCGGCCGGCCACGAGGCGUUCUUCCACACAGCGGCGGACCCGGCGGCGGUGGUGCGGCAGCUGGCAGCGGCAGCGCGUGCCAGCCCCAGCGAGCGCCUGUACAAGGGCGUGGCGGAGGCGGUGGGGGCCACGAUGCGGCACGCCGCUGCCGGCGGCGGCGCCCAGGCGGCGCCUGCUCUCAGGCUUGGCCUGCUCUUCUUGCUACAUGACGUCCCGGAGGCGGCGGCAGGGGUGCAUCCACCGCCACACCAGCACCACCAGCAGCACCAGCAGCAACAGCAGCAGCAACAGCAGCAGCAACAGCAGCAACAGCAGCAGCUGCAGCCUGGGCAGCCCGGCCGUAGCCGCGUCACCCAGCUGGCAGCAGCUGUUGCCGAGGCCGCCGCCUUUGGCACGCUGCUCCAGCUGCUGCAGUGCGGCGGCGAGCCCGCCGCCGCCGCCUUUGCCUGCGCACACUUCUGGCUGCCGCCGCUGUGCGCAGGCCUGCAGGCGCAUGACGGUGGCGAGGGCGGCCUGCCGCGCCGGCGCAGCCCGGCGCUGUAUGCUGCGGCAGACAAGGCAGCCCGCCAGCUGUUGGCGGCCCUCCUGAGCGGCGAGGUGGCGGCACUUGUGGCGGCGUCGGGAGGCAGCGCCAGCAGCGCUUGUGCCGACCUGCCAGGCAUGCAGGACCCAGCUGUCGCAGAUGUGGCGGCAACAGCGGCGCAGCAGGCGGGGCGUUGGCAGUGCCUGCCCGCUCUCUGGCAGGCGCUCACGCAGAGCGGCGGCGGCGGCGGCAGCCAAGACGACGCCUCGCUGCCGCUGGCAGCCGCGGCUGCCCUGGCCACGAGCGGCGGCAGCGGCGGCGGCGCCCCGGGCAGUGCGAGCGAUGCCGCCACAGGCCGGCCAGCCCCCGCAGGCUUUGCUGCAUCGGGCCUUACCAGCAGCCUUGCAAGCGACAUAGAGGCCGCGCAGCAGCUGCUGCCAUCUCAAGCGCUGAGGGGACGGUUCCUGGCCGCAGAUAUGCUGACGGCAGGCGGGCUGGGGCAGCAACCACUGCCUGCUGCUGCUGGCCCCGCCGCUCCUAGCCCCGCAGCCGUGCCCAUCAGCCGUGGCCCCACCUUCCUGUCAGAGCAGCUGCAGCAGGCAGCUGCAGAGCAGCUGGCCCUGCUGACCGUGCGCUGCCGCCGCGCGGGCCUUCACGUCACCGCCCAGUGCGCCGCGGCCGCGCCCCGGCACUGGACCGCCGACCCGCAGCAGUGGCUGCCUCAGGUGGUUAUGGCGGUGGCACGGCUGGUGCUGGCUCCCAACCUGCUGCUCAGGGCGGCAGCAGAGGAGUUUGCGAUGACCGCCACCCGGCAGGGCUCGGCAGCCUCUGCAGCUUCCGUGCUGGCACGCCUGCACCCGGCAUGCCAGGAGCUGCUCCAGCCGCUGCUGCGGCCGCAGGGCAAGCACGCGCCGCCGGCGCAGCAGGGCCGGGGCAGCGGCAACCCGUUUGCGCGGCAGCAGCAGGCGGCGCCGCAGGCGGGGCCCAGGCCGGCCGGCGCCCUGGCCAUCCAAGCAGACGCAGCCAGCGCCGCAGCGGCAGGGGCAGCAGCCGCAGGCAGGCAGCCCAAGCCCAGCCGCGCCGGGGCCAGCGCCAGCCGGCAGCGGCGGCGCCAUCGAGGCAGCAGCCGCCUGCAGCACGGCAUGCUUCAGCAGCAGCCACAGCCGGCUGUUGUGCGGCGCAUAGUCCACCUGGCUGCGCCCCCAUCGGGCGCAGCGGGGGGCCGCCGUGGUGCCCGCGGCGCCGCCGCCAAUGCCCCGGUGCCGCUCUGGCAGCAGCGGCGCGCGGCGCUGGGCGCGGCACGGCAGCAGGCUGCAGCAGCCGCCGCCCUGCUCACAAUGGACAGCCUGCUGCAGCAGCUGCUGGCUUGGGACCUGGGCAGCGUCCUCGCUGGAGGCGGUACAGGCGGUACAGGCCUGCAGGGCCUGAAAGUGCCGGUCCGCUUCGGCAGCCUGCAGCAGUACACGCGGGUGUUUAGCGCGCUGCUUCUGGAGGAGCUUCGCGCCCACUUGCAGCAGGCAGCAGACGAAAGCCCGGCCGCAGCUGCCAUCUGCGCCACCAGCGCAGGCAGGGCCAGCAGCAGCGGCAGGCGCAGCGGGCCAGCCGCCGGCGCCGCGGCCGCCGGCGGCUGGCCCGAGGUUGCUGCGGCGCUCGGGGCUGCUGGCGCGGUACCGCUGAGGCUGCUGGAGGUGCAGCGCCAGUCUGAUCUCCACCUGCUUCGCCUUGAGCCCGCAGCAGCAGCGGGAGCGGGGCCGGCGGCGGCGGCAGGCGCGGCGGGGGCAGCGGGCGGCGGCCAGCAGGGGCAGCCCCAGUCGGUGGCAGACUUCCGGCGUAGCAGCGGAAUCCGAGCGGAGGAUCUGUUGCUGCUGGUCAGCAGGCCCAGCAGCGGAGCAGUGCCAGCAGCAGCAGCAGCAGCAGCAGGCGACGGCGGCGGCGGCGGCGGCGGAGGAGGAGGGCAGCUGGCGGCGGUACCGGCGCCUGUGGCGGCCGUGGCGCUCGCCGCCGUGGAGUCGAUCCACCAGCAGCAGCCCUCGGAGCGGCGGCAGCAGCAGGGCCUGCCUGCGCGGCAGCGGCAGCUGCUGCUGACGGCCCGAGUCAGCGUUCGCAGCGGCGGUGGCAGUACCGGCGGUACUGGCCACCAGCUGCUGCAGCAGCAGCUGGCCCCCGGCACGGCCUGGCAGGCAGUACGCCUCAUGUCGCUGACCCCGCACCUGCGCCAGCUGCAGGCCCUGGUAGCCGCCCAGAAGCUGCAGCCCCUGCUGCUGGCUGAGCUGCUGUCCCCAGGCACCACCUCGCCCGCCUCUGCCAGCAGCAGCAGCUCUCAGCCAUCGCUCUCCGCCAUCCAGCCGCCGCUCCCGGCCCCCAUGCUGCUCGCCCUUAAGCAGCAGUACAACACCUCCCAGCAGGCAGCCAUCGCGGCCGCGGCGGCAGGCUACCAGCCCGCCGCCGCACGCGCCGGGCCGGCCACGGUAGGCAUGGGGAGCGCGCAGAUUGGCGGCGCAGGCCGGCUGCCUGCGGCGGCGACGGCUCAGCAGCAGCAGCUGCAGCAGCGUGGAGGGAAGCAGGUAGUCCUGGUGCAGGGCCCUCCCGGCACCGGCAAGACCUCUGCCAUUCUGGGGAUGCUCUCCGCCUUCCUGGCUGGCAACGCGCAGGCCCGCCCCGCCAUCAAGCCGGCCUCCGGCGCGGCCAGCGGCGGCACCAAGCAGCCGGCGGUGGCGGCGGCGGCGGCGGCCAGACAGAAGGCGGCGGCGGUGAUGAACCCAGCAGUCCGUGUGCUGCUGGCAGCCCAGUCUAAUGCCGCGGUGGAUGAGCUGUGCACUCGGCUGGCCAGCAAGGGUGUGGUGGGCAGGGACGGCAGCCAGCGGCAGGCGACCGUGGUGCGCUUUGGGCCGCUGGAGGCUGUGGGGCCGGAUGCCGCGGUGCUCCACAUCGAUGCGCUGGCGGCGGGCAUGGAGGCGGCAGAUGUGGGGCUGGGCGAUGCGGCAGGCCAGUCCUCGCAGCUAGCCAGCCGCCUGCAGGCGCUGCGGCAGCAGCUGCGCGCGCUGCAGCAGCAGAUCGACGCAUGUGACGAGGUCGUGGAGGCGAGCCGGGAGCGCAAGAGGCGGCGGCUGGCGCGGGCGGGCGCGGGCGGGCAGCCGCGGCGGGCAGGCGAGCCACUCCCCAGCCGGCGGCGGCGGCUGGAGAAUGGGGACAGCGACGAUGGCGGCGGGAGCGGCAUGGACACAGGGAGUCAGAGCGAUAGUGAGAGCGACAGCGAGGGAGUGGAGGCGGAAGCAGGGGGCGAGGCAGAGUCUGCAGAGCCUGCAGCCCUGGCCGCAGGCCCCAGCAGCCAGGAGGUGCGCCAGCAGCUGGGCCCGCUGCUGCAGCGCAAGCAGCAGCUCAAGCGGGAGGCGGCAGCGGCGGCUGGCGCACUGCGCGCCUCCUCCUCCGCCGCCGCGGGGCGGCACAAGGAGCUCCGCGCGGCGGUGGUUGCGCAGUCCGAGGUGGUUGCCGCCACCCUGAGCAGCGCCGGCGGCGAGCUGCUGCAGCUCAUGCCGCGUGCCGCCUCGGGCGGCGGCCCGGGAGGUGGCGCCGGCGCCGCCGGGGGCGCCGCUCCGCUGCUGGGGUUCGAUGCUAUCAUCUGCGAUGAGGCCGCACAGGCCCUGGAGCCCAGCACGCUCAUCGCGCUGCAGCUGCUGGCCCCCGGCGGGCGCCUGGUACUGGUGGGCGACCCGCAGCAGCUGCCCGCCACCGUGGUGUCCCGCGCCGCGGCGGCGGCCGCCCUGGCGCAGUCGCUGUUCGAGCGGCUCAUGCAGGCGGGAUACCCGCUGUGCCUGCUGAGCCAGCAGUACCGCAUGCACCCCGCCAUCUCCGCCUUCCCCGCCAGCUUCUUCUACUCCGGGAAGCUGCUGGACGCCGCCGCCGUGGCAGGCGGCGGCUCCGCAGGCGCCGGCGGCGGCCGCACCGCGCCCUGGCACGACCGCCCCUGCCUCCCGCCCCUCGCCUUUUGGGACUGCAGAGAGGGCCGCGAGUGGGGCGGUGGCGGUGGCAGCUCCGUCAGCAACACCGAGGAGGCAGAGGUGGCGUAUGUGCUGUAUGCAGAGCUGGUGGGGCGGUACCGCCAAGACGUGGGCGACGUGGCGGUCUUGACCCCCUACAAGGCCCAGCUGUCACAGCUGCGUCGCACCUUCCAGCAGCGUGGCGGUACCGCCGCCGCAGAGGCGGUACAGUUUGCCACCGUGGAUGGCUUCCAGGGCAGGGAGGCAGAUGUUGUCAUCUUCAGCUGCGUCAGGGCGCACGGAGCGGGCUCCGGCGGCGGCGUGGGCUUCCUGGCCGACUGCCGCCGCAUGAACGUGGCGCUGACGCGGGGCAGGCGCUCGCUGUGGGUCAUCGGGCACAGCGCCACUCUGGAAGCUUGUGAGCCGUGGCAGGAGCUGAUGAGGCACUGCCGCCAGCACCGGUGCCUGUUUGUGGCUGCGCCACCGUACGAGCAGCUGGCCAAGGGGGGCGGUGGCGGCGGCAGACGGCGGGAGUCGUCACCGGAGCGGCAGCUCUGA